GCGGUCUGAGUGCGUCGGUCCUGGAUUGCAACAGCAACAUGCCGUGUUCUAACGUGAAUUGCUGCGUUGUGAAUUGCCACAGCACCUACGCGAACUCGCCUGGAACAAGUUUUUUUAGGUUCCCCAGCAAGCCGUACGAAGCAAAGCGACGGGAACGCUGGAUUGCUCUUGUCCGACGACAGAACAAGGACGGCGCCGGCUGGCGACCUACUCCAUACACAAAGAUCUGCAGCAAACACUUUGUGGGCGGUGUAAAGGUGAAUGAAGAGGGGCAUCCAGCCUACUACCCCUCCAUAUUUCCUGCUCCAUACAGGGCAGCACCUGGCCCACUCUCUGAAGACCGCUAUGUCAAGAAAAGAAGGCAAGAGCAAAGGAUGCUGCUGGACAAGCAGACUGCUGAGGUGCAUGGACAAGCAGCUGAAGCGGCUGCUAAUGUACACGGGAAAAGUGUGGAGGCCAUAAUUCUGGAGGCUCAAGCUGCUAGCAGCGACAACAGUCCAGUGUCUUCUGACAGCAGUCAAGGCGCUCUCUUUGAUUCUGGCCUGCGAUUCGUUCACGUGUCAACAAUGACAGAAGAUGGACACUCGUCCUUCAGCAGUGAAUUCAUCUUCACUUCUGAGUUGACCGAUAAAUAUGCAUCAUGUUAUAUUAGCCACAAGGAGGUGUGCACUACAGGCGUGGGAAGAUGUAGCACUACAUUUAUUGACAAAAGCUGUGGGCCUUUAUAUAUACAACCCAUUUUCGCUGGUCACGGCUCAGUUAAUGAAGAUGAAGAGAAGUUUCAUUCUUUAACAGCUGUCAGUUUUAACAUUUUUGCUCUUCUUUUAAGCGUUUUGCCACCCACGAGGAGGGCCGUGAACGAGUUGUGCAUUGAGGACAAACUUCUGUUAUGUCUGAUGAAGUUGAGGCAUGGCAUGCCAUUUUCUGUCCUUGGAGCUCUUUUUGAUGUGCACAGAACUACAGCAGCACGAAUCUUCAAGGGAAUGCUCGUGAAUUUGAAUGUGGCCACAAAAAAUUGGGUCUACUGGCCGUCACGAAAUCUUAUUCAGUCAACUAUGCCACCUGCAUUCAAGGAGCACUACCCAAGUUGUGGAGUAAUUAUUGACUGCACGGAGCUUGAAACAAAUCCCAAAUGGAGUGGAAAAACAGAACCUAUGGUAUUCACAUUACAAGAGUAGGCAUACAAUCAAAUAUUUAAUUGGCAUUGCACCCAACGGCCUGGUCACUUUUGUCUCAAAAGGAUUUGGAGGACGGACUACA